GCCGGUGAAGAUAUUUAUCUCAUUUUCUGCGCAAAGCAAUGUGUGAUUUGGUAGCCAGCGACGAAAACACAUUGAAAAAGAGAGAGAACAAAUAACCAAAUACUUCUCAACUUCGAUUCUACGUUGAAAUUUCCGAUUUCUUUGUUUAGAUAUUUAUUUGAGUUUUAUUGUUCUUCGGAUUUUGAAUUUCGUUUGAGCUUAGCUGAUCGUGAAUUCUUGAUUGUAUAUUGUUCGAUAAACGGAUUGAGAAGCCUAGUUUGAUUUUGAUUUGAUUUUGAUUUUGUUGAGUUGAGCAUUGAGAACAAAGUGAACAAUGUCUGCAACUAUUAGAACAAGUUCAUGGGGAGAUUCUGCUGAAAAUGCAGCCAAUGGAUCAUCAGCACGUCCUCUCAAGCCAGCGUAUGUUCCUCCACAUCUUCGUAACCGGUCAAUGGCACCGGCCGAGCCUCCUUCUAUGGUGGCUAAUGCUAAUGACAGGGGUUUGGGUAAUUGGGGUAGUUCGUCUAACUUCAAUAAGCCGGAGUUUGGUGCUGGUAGGCAAGGAUAUGGUUCGGGUGGUGGGUUUAACAAUAGAGGAGGAGGAGGGGCAGUGAGGGAGCAUGGUGGAAGGCGCGAGGUGAAUCCUUUUGAGAAUGAUGUUAAUGAGUCUUUUAGUGAGCAAGAGAACACGGGGAUUAACUUUGAUGCUUAUGAUGAUAUCCCCGUUGAGACUAGUGGAGAGAAUGUUCCUCCUCCUGUGAAUACAUUUGCAGAAAUAGAUUUAGGUGAUGCGUUAAAUCAGAACAUACAGAGAUGCAAGUAUGUGAAACCAACCCCAGUUCAGAGGUAUGCUAUACCUAUUUCUCUUGCAGGGAGAGAUUUGAUGGCUUGUGCUCAGACCGGGUCAGGAAAGACAGCUGCAUUUUGCUUUCCUAUUAUAAGUGGAAUCCUUAGGGAGCAGUAUGCUCAAAGACCCCGUGUGGCUCGCACUGCUUACCCUCUCGCACUUAUUCUGUCUCCUACCCGGGAGCUCUCUUGUCAGAUACAUGACGAGGCCAAAAAGUUUUCUUAUCAAACUGGUGUCAAGGUUGUAGUUGCUUAUGGAGGAGCACCGAUCACCCAACAGUUGCGGGAACUUGAGCGAGGAGUUGAUAUUCUGGUGGCAACUCCAGGACGACUAGUUGAUUUGCUUGAGAGGGCUAGGGUGUCAUUGCAGAUGAUAAGAUAUUUGGCGCUUGACGAGGCAGAUCGGAUGCUGGAUAUGGGUUUUGAGCCUCAAAUAAGAAAGAUAGUUGAACAAAUGGAUAUGCCUCCUCCAGGCAUGAGACAGACACUGCUGUUUAGUGCAACAUUUCCCAAAGAGAUACAGAGACUUGCGUCAGAUUUUCUUGCAAGUUACAUAUUUCUGGCUGUAGGAAGGGUUGGUUCAAGUACCGAUCUAAUUUCUCAACGAGUAGAAUAUGUGCUUGAGUCAGACAAAAGAAGCCACCUCAUGGACCUUCUUCAUGCUCAGAGAGAAAAUGAUGUGAAUGGAAAGCAAGGUCUGACUUUAGUUUUUGUGGAAACAAAGAAAGGAGCUGACGCAUUGGAACACUGCUUGUGUGUUAAUGGGUUUCCUGCAACUUGCAUUCAUGGUGACAGAACACAGCAAGAAAGAGAACAAGCAUUGAGAUCGUUCAAGACCGGAAAUACUCCAAUUCUAGUUGCAACGGAUGUUGCAGCACGUGGUCUUGAUAUUCCCCGGGUAGCACACGUGGUAAACUUUGAUCUUCCCAAUGACAUUGAUGAUUAUGUGCACCGGAUAGGAAGAACAGGCCGAGCUGGUAAAAUGGGAUUAGCAACAGCCUUCUUCAAUGACAGUAAUUUGUCAAUGGCUAAACCACUGGCUGAUCUGAUGCAAGAGGCAAACCAAGAAGUACCUGCUUGGCUCACCCGUUAUGCAGCAAGGACUCCUUAUGGCGGUGGCAGUAGAAAUAAGCGAACUGGAGGAGCCCGUUUUGGUGGCCGGGAUGUUAGGAAGGAUAGCUCAUAUAAUAAAGGAACUGAUUACUACGGCGGAGCUGCUGGCGGUGGUGGUUAUGGGGUUCCUACGAGCUAUGGUGGAGGGUAUGGUCAAGGUGUAACAAGUGCUUGGGAUUAGGUUAGUGUGACAUUGCUGAUUCAUUUCUCAUGUUGAGUGAGUGUAUAUAAAUUUCAGACUUUGUCUUUGUAAAGUUGUAUUUUCUCAACCAUAGUUUGUCUAAAUCCAUGCAUUCCGUACUAGAAGAAAUAUUUUGUCAUAAGAAAGAUCUAUGUGGCUUACUUUUGCUGUUUAGGCACAUAGGGUUUGUUGGGAAAUGUAAGUCAGGAGUUAACCCUAAUUAGCAUUCACAUAUCAUUGAUUUGAUUUUUCUGUUUA